AUAAGUUCCAAGUGGGUCGGGCUAGGGUUUCUGUCUCUCUUUGCAAAUCGAUCUCGAAGGAGCGCGGCGGCCGCCGAUCUCUCCAUCUCUCCUCGGCUCCCUCUUCCUUAGGUCCUUAGUUCAACAAGAAAUAAGCAAUGGGAAAGGAGAAGGUUCACAUUAACAUUGUCGUCAUUGGCCAUGUCGACUCUGGAAAGUCUACAACAACUGGACAUCUCAUUUACAAACUUGGUGGCAUUGACAAGCGUGUUAUUGAGAGAUUUGAGAAGGAAGCUGCUGAAAUGAACAAGAGAUCAUUCAAGUAUGCCUGGGUGCUUGACAAGCUGAAGGCUGAGCGAGAACGUGGCAUCACCAUUGAUAUUGCUCUGUGGAAGUUUGAGACCACGAAGUACUAUUGCACAGUCAUUGAUGCUCCUGGUCAUAGGGAUUUCAUCAAGAACAUGAUUACAGGAACUUCUCAGGCUGACUGUGCAGUUCUCAUCAUUGAUUCCACAACUGGUGGUUUUGAAGCAGGUAUAUCAAAGGAUGGACAGACUCGUGAACACGCACUUCUUGCUUUCACUCUUGGUGUCAAACAGAUGAUUUGUUGCUGCAACAAGAUGGAUGCCACAACACCCAAAUACUCGAAGGCACGAUAUGAUGAAAUUGUUAAGGAGGUCUCGUCCUACUUGAAGAAAGUCGGCUACAACCCUGAUAAGAUUCCUUUUGUGCCCAUUUCUGGUUUUGAAGGUGAUAACAUGAUUGAGAGAUCCACCAACCUUGACUGGUACAAGGGCCCGACACUCCUUGAAGCCCUUGACUUGAUUAAUGAGCCCAAGCGUCCAACGGACAAGCCUCUUCGCCUUCCUCUUCAGGAUGUUUACAAGAUUGGAGGCAUUGGAACUGUUCCUGUUGGUCGUGUUGAAACUGGAGUACUGAAACCUGGUAUGGUUGUCACCUUUGGUCCUACAGGACUCACUACAGAAGUCAAAUCCGUGGAGAUGCACCAUGAGGCACUCCAGGAGGCUUUACCUGGUGACAAUGUUGGCUUCAACGUAAAGAAUGUUGCUGUGAAGGAUUUGAAACGUGGUUUUGUUGCCUCAAACUCCAAGGAUGACCCAGCGAAGGAGGCUGCUAACUUCACCUCUCAAGUUAUCAUCAUGAACCACCCUGGCCAAAUUGGGAAUGGUUAUGCUCCUGUCUUGGAUUGCCACACCUCUCACAUUGCAGUCAAAUUCGCUGAGUUGUUAACCAAGAUUGAUAGGCGAUCUGGCAAGGAGCUGGAGAAGGAGCCCAAGUUCCUUAAGAAUGGUGAUGCAGGUUUUGUGAAGAUGAUUCCUACGAAGCCUAUGGUGGUGGAAACCUUCUCUGGCUACCCUCCACUAGGUAGGUUUGCUGUGAGAGACAUGAGGCAGACUGUUGCUGUGGGUGUCAUCAAGAGCGUGGAGAAGAAGGAUCCCUCUGGCGCUAAGGUUACCAAAGCAGCUCAGAAGAAGAAAUGAAAUGAGGAUUGGGGAUCAUUCGUGUCUGGAGUCAUUAAUAGUCUUGUUGUCAUGUCUCCGUGCCGACGUGUUGACGAGCUCUCAGGUAUGGUAUCUGGUGGUGUCUGGAAGCAGAACUGGGUGCUCGACAGGCGGUGGCGGGGUUGAUGGUUGGCUUCUAUUUUAUUAUUGUUCUACGUUAAAACUUGAGACAAUUGUCGUAUGUCUGCUCUUUCCCAAGGAUUUUUGUGAGUCUGGUAGUCUUGUUUUCUGUAUCGUCUUCUGCUAUGCAUGGAUUUUGAGAUCUAAAUAAUUUAGUAUUUGAACUAUA